ACAUUUCCUCUGAACCUCUAGUGUAGAUAUUGUCUUUGUUUCGGUAGGUUUAUUUAAACUGAUAUGCUGAUUGCCAAAAAGAAUGAGGCUUAUUGUCAAAAUAGCAGUUGGUGCUUAUCUUAGUUAAGAGUCAUAUUAAAUUAUGUUUAGCUAUUUGCAGAUAUUUAUCAGUACUUCUGCUUACAUUCUGUUUAUGAUCAUCAUAAAAUUUUAACUGCAAAAACCCUACUUAAUCACUAAACAGAGCACUCUGAAUUGUCUGACUGUGUGCCCUGCUGAAAGUGUCUCUAAAUGUGGGCUGUUGUAUAAUCCCUUUGGGGGCCCCAUUUCUAUUUUUGUUCCUGGAUAUGCGUCAGGACUGGGUAUUUUCUCUGGUGACCAUCUACUUCAGUAGGUCUCUUAAUACACGCUCUAUCAGUGUCUGACUUAUGAUUGAUGGGAAUUUCGUUCUGCUGCUUGGAUUUACUGGAGACGACGGAGAAUGGACUGGGGAGAAUUUCAGGUUCCGAGGGCUGCUUCAGGAUAACUGGACGUUAUGGGACUGAAGAGCUGAUGUAAACCAGAUAUCAUGUUAAUUGUCCCGGCAAGCAGAUGGAAACAACACAGGAAUGAAUUCAUUUGUUGUGUUAAACCUGAUUUGUAUAAACUUGUUUUGAAAGCGAACAAAUCAGCAAGAUGGUAAAAAUGUGCCAAACCUUGAAGAAAUCUGGUAUAAGCAAGGAAGGCUUUUGUAAUAAAAUCAGCAACUCCUAGGUGGACUCAUGUGAAGUCAAGAUGCAACAGCCAGCCGCUGAAGAAUACCCCUCUGGAGAAGACAAUUAAUAUGUCCGCAAACUCAGGAGCUCUUUGACCAUCAUCCCUUCGGACAUUCCCUGCAGAGCAAAGUUUGAAAAUGGAGCCACCUGAAUCGGUUAUUGGGCAAACGUCUAAAGUGGAGGCCCGAGAGAAGACAGAUGAAGGCGCGGGCAUUUCGGCACCCACGGUCAGCACCAAAAGAAGCACUUUUGCGGAUUCAAAAGGGAAAGGUUAUGCACAGCUGGGGUCACGAAGAUGUUUGGCAGAAGAGCAUUUUGGCAAAGAGCUUUCUUCUGUGGUGGGCCAGUCAUCUCUAGAAAGACAGUGCACACAGCGUUGUCCUCGCGGUUACUCCUACCGCUUGCGGCUUUCGAACCAACAGAAGCCUAAGCAGAAAGGGUCCCUGGCGGGAGCAAACCCACCGGCUGACCCGGAAGUGCUUGCCUCGCCAUUGAUUGGCCAGUUGCAACUCCGCACAUCAGGGCAACAAGCCGAUUUCCUUUGCAGGAACUCUCCGCGCGUACCUACCUCUUUCAGCCAGACUUCCCAGUCAGGGAUUGAUCAGCUAGGGGGCAUGCUCAGGAAAGUGCCAAAAUCAAAGAAGCCCGGGAAAUAUGUCUGCCAUUAUUGCGGAAGGGCUUGCGCUAAGCCUAGUGUGUUAAAAAAACACAUCCGGUCCCACACAGGAGAACGGCCGUACCCGUGUAUCCCUUGUGGUUUCUCCUUUAAGACCAAGAGCAACUUGUACAAACACAAAAAGUCACAUGCUCAUAGUGUUAAGGCAGGGCUGAUCCCAUUCUCGGAGCUGACAUCUGUGUGUAAAGGUGUGGAUCCGUCAUCGCUGGGCGGAGAAGCUGAAGUGCACUCUGAUUACGAGCAGAGCACUGACACAGAUGAAGAGUCUGCUGCGUUCUUGAGCAAAGGCAGCCCUGUCCCUCGUAUAUCUCUCGCGGCAGACAGAAGCAUCAUGGCAAUUGGACCGGACUGUACUCAGUCAGCUGAAGAGCUGAUAGCGACGCCUAAGGAGGUUCCCAUUGUUGUAGCGUCAGAACAGGGAAUUCCGUGCACAGUGGGGGAAUGCCCUUGGUUCACGGAUAUCAAUAUCAGUGGUCAUCGGAGUAGUGGGGAUGAGUUUCCCACUAUCAAACAGAAACUGGCUCUGAGGCUCACUGGGAAAAAAGGGCAAGACUCUGGAACUUCUAUGAACCUUCUGAGCCCACACAGCAAAGGCAGCACUGACUCAGGCUACUUCUCACGCUCAGAAAGCGCCGAGCAGCAAAUCAGCCCACCAAACACAAACGCUAAAUCCUACGAGGAAAUUAUGUUUGGAAAGUUUUACAAACUUGGCCCAAGGUCCAGGCAAACUGUUCCAAUAGCGAUGGCCAAAGUCACCAGCUCAGACAGAAAUAUUAUUAAUAUACAGGACAAAUCGAACACGAUGCCAGGUUCAGGAAUAGGCAAGGCUUUGGAGUGUCAUAAAUCCUGUCAUUACACAAAAGAUGAGAAAUUAAUUAACCCAAUUCAUCAGAACGUUACCACAUUUUUGAGGGAUGAUGUAGAUUCACAAAUGAAAAUAAGCUCACUCCCUAGGCAGUAUUCUCCCAAUUUCUGCCAAAUUGCCACAAGUCCCUCAGAAGUUCUGCCUGACACCGGGCCUCUGGUGAGAAGCAACUCAGUGCCAACGCCGCCAGCAGGGAACCUCAGUGCACCGCAAGGAUUACAGGGGAGUCAUUCAUUUGAUGAGAGGAUGACCUCUGACACUGGCUUUUAUCGGAGUUCAGUGGGUCUGAGGAGGCUUAGGAGACAAGCUGCAUUUGAGUUCAUUGCCCACGAAGGACACAUGGAACAUGAUAACUCAGGAACCAGUUCCAAAAACAUUUUUCCGCCACCUGGGACAGUACAAUUAGAUGAAAAUAUUCCUUCAUUGUCAGACUUAAAAGGACAUGGCUCAUACUCUUCUAGCAUAGAGGGCUACCCUGAAGUUCUGGGUCCAGUCAGGGUGAUGCAUCACAAACAGGUGACAGAAAUCGCCACGAGAAAACGAAGGAAGAAGAAGAGUGUCGGUGACGAAGAAGACUUCCCCAUUCAACACGACAAUGAUUUCGACAGUUCGGUUGAAAUGCUUGCCACCGACUAUGAUUCAAGACAAGAACAUCAGGAUGGUUUCAGAAGAGCAUUUACUGGUAUAGGACAGCUGUACAGUAUACACAGGGAACCAGAGAAUUUAGCUACUGGUACCUGCAUGGCAACAGAUGAAACAGUGCUCAUUUCAGACCUUGACAGGAAGACUGGAGGGAAUGUAAUCUCAGUUAUUCAGCACACAAACUCUUUAAGUAGGCCCAGCUCUUUUGAGAAGUCGGACUCAAUUGACCAAACUUUCCACCCACUGGGUACACUUGCUGGCCAGUAUUUGGAGCAGCCCGACUCAGAAAAACCUGGGGAAGUGCAUCUUUCAGACCAGAAAAGGUCUGGCCACACGGAGCUGCAACAGAUGGGCAGCGAACCAGCAGACCAAUCUUAUCGGUUGCCGCACAAACUGGUCCGUCAAGCUAACAUCCAAGUGCCUGAAAUUAGAGUGACAGAGGAGCCCGACAAACCAGAAGAGGGGCCAGAUACAUCAAAUAAAGAAUCAGAGAAGCAUGUGGAGGACUUCCAAUGGCCGCAGAGAAGUGAAACCCUGUCUCAGCUUCCUGCGGAGAAGUUGCCACCGAAAAAGAAACGACUGCGCCUGGCUGAAAUGGAACACUCCUCUGGGGAAUCUAGCUUUGAAUCGACCUGCACCAGCCUCUCCCGGAGCCCCAGCCAAGAGAGUCAUUUGUCUCCCAGCUCAAGCUUCUCAAUGUCAUUUGACAGGGAGGAAAGUAAUAAGUCGGCCUCGCCGGCUAAGCAGGACGACUUUGGCAAGCAGUCCGAGUUCUUAACUGUGCCAUGCAGCGGACGCACUCUCCCUGUACGCAACCAGUCCCAGCGGAAGGAGGUGAGGCGCUCCUCCUCGGAGCAGACGGCAUGUGUGUUGAACGCCGAGGUGCCGGAGAUCCGCAGCAAGUCGUUUGACUAUGGGGGGCUGUUGUCUUCGUCGAACUUGAGUGACGUCUAUGGUAGCGCUUCAGCAAUGAAGGAGCGGCGACGGGGUUAUCUAGUUAGACAGGCACCGCUAAGCGUAUUUCCUGAAUCCGUCACGCAAGACAAGGGCUUAGCUUUGAAAAUUAAGGAAGAACAAAUAGAAGGCAACAGUUCCCCUCUAUUACAUAGCUUAUGGCUGAGUACUCCCUCAUCUUUGACCGAAAGGCCAAACAGUUCUCCUGCUUACGAUGUAGCUUUAUCGAGCAAAGGUGAAGACAGCCAUCCAGGGACGGGUUUCCUGAAGCAGAGAACAUCUCACUUGCUGGAGCAACAACGUGAACACUGGUCAACUGAAGCCCUUAACAAAGAGUUAAUAGGGAAACCUGCCAUCCUGUCACCUCAGUCAGAAGUGUUCUGUCAGUCGGAGUUAACACAGAGACCGUAUCUUCCAAGGGCUUCUCCUUGGAGUCUCAGUGAUCUCCUGUCUAAAGCCUUUUCUGGCAGCACAGGGCUUCUGCAACCAUUUCAAACUAUCCUACCACCUGAAAUUGCUGGUUCGCAGCCACCUCCACCGGACACGUCAGUUCCUGUCAGGAUUCAAACUCAGGUGCCAUCUUACUGUAGCGUCAUGUAUACGACCGUCUCACAGAUACUAGCUACCCAUUCCCAAAGUAACAGUUCAGCUAUGGCUAUUUGCAAUCUCAAGGACAAUACUUCGUACACAAAGACUAGUUCAAAUGAUGGAAAGGUUUUUAGUUUACCCCAUAUACCAAGUAAUACUAAUGAACCUGUGCAUUACCCAUUAUGGAAAUUACAAGAAGUUAAGCCUGCCAGAAUGAACACAGGAAUUCCUCUGACUUUGACCUCUGGAACUAUCUCAACCACUGAUGCUUCAGGUACUGGUGGAAAUAAACGCAUAUUAUCCCCAGCCAAUAGCGUGGAGCUCUUCAUUGAAACCAAACAGCAAAAACGAGUUAAGGAGGAAAAAAUGUAUGGUCAGAUUGUGGAAGAGCUCAGUGCUGUGGAGCUCGACAAUACCCGUGUGACAAAAGCCAGUGGGAAGUCACAGAAGUCAGACCUUAAGAGCCGUGGGUCAGCUGACUACCAGAAGAGAAUGUCAGCUUCACCGCUGUUACAUUUACCCUCCACAGUCGUCACCUUACCUGCAGCCGAACCUCAUUUACAAGGGGUAGUAGACACCCGCGAAGGAAUGCAGUCCCCAGAGAGCCUAGACAUUGAUGAACCUUACCCACCUACAGCUGAAAUCCAAGAGAUGAUGGACAGUAAGGCACCUUUAAAGAUGCUGGUGGAGAUUGCUACCAGUCAAGAUAGCACUAUUAUGGGGAGCACGAUUUUGCUCGCUGACGUUGGCCAUGACCAAAUGAGUUCUCAGUUCCCUAGUCUUUGCACGUCCACGAGUGUGAGCUGGUGUUUCUUGAAUUACACCAAGCCAAACACAGCUCAGACCAGCUCCAUCGCCUCUGUUUAUGGUUCGUGGUUUGUAAGCUCUUAUAAUCCAAAUCCACCGGACCUAAACACAAAGACAAGCCUAGCAUUGCUGCGUUCCAAGCAGAGGAAGACUGCAGAGUCAUACACGAUGGCUUCUAUGUAUCCGCAGGGAACUGGUAAAGUUGUUUCCUCGCUCUUGUGGAAACAGAAGUUUGACCAGGAGAAACCAGAAGUCAUGCAGCUAGAUGUGAAGCUGGAGAAAAGAACAAAAGAUUCCAACAUUAGAGAGCGAGUAGCCGAGGGCUACAGGCAGAAGGAGCCUUCAGGGAAGGCGGCCGAACCAAACCGCAUCAAGAUUUUUGAUGGAGGGUACAAAUCCAAUGAAGACUACGUUUAUGUGAGGGGCAGGGGCAGAGGGAAGUACAUCUGCGAGGAAUGCGGCAUCCGCUGCAAGAAGCCCAGCAUGCUGAAGAAGCACAUUCGCACGCAUACCGACGUCCGGCCAUACGUCUGCAAGUUCUGCAAUUUCGCCUUCAAGACGAAAGGAAAUCUGACGAAACACAUGAAGUCCAAGGCGCACAUGAAGAAAUGCGUGGAGCUUGGCGUGUCUUUGACGUCCGUGGAGACACCAGAGGCAGAGGAAGCCGACAAUGUGGAUGAAGGACAGAGGGCACCUUGGAAGUCAGACCGAACGGGAGUAAUUGCUGAGCACCAGUUCUCUGACGCUGAUGACUCUGAAGGGGUCGAAGAGGAAGCCGAUGAGAAUGAGGAGGACGAUGAUGAGGAUGAAGAGUACGAGGGCGACUCCACACCCCGGACACGUUCCAGAAGCACAAGCCCCCAGCUGUCUGGAUCACCCUCUGUGCCCAUCACUGCCUCCGCCGUGUCCCUGGGGGCCUCUUCGGACUUCCCGUACCCAGCUGCCAGGCAGCCACUCUUCGGGCUGCCUGACAUCCAGCUAAGACAAAAAGGUGAUAGGGCUUGCAAGGCACAGAUGGUGGAGGGCCAGAGGUCAACGCAAGGGCUGACGGGCGAUGAGCAUGAGAAAAGUCUUAAUAUGGCUGGCUCCUUGGACAAGACCUCUGCACUGUCACCAGAACACAGCUUCACAACCACCGAUUUCUCUCCAUCUAGUCUGCCAUCCCCUGGCUACGACUCAUCACCGCACAGGGAUCCCUCACCCACACCACACAGGUACCUGUGUCCUUCGCGGGAUCUCCUAUCCCAGGGGCACCUGAGGCAUGUGUCUCCAAAGAAGGACAUCUCCAUCAGGCGGGGCUUCUCUCCACGAGCGCACUCCUCCACUGACCUGAUCGCUAGGCCUGUGUCACCUGGAAGGGACAUAACUUGCAAACGUGAGCUGUCUCCCAGGAGUAGGCAUCGAGGCACCAUAAGGCCCGUGUCACCUCGGAGGGGAAUGCACCACCACAGUGUCCCCUGGAGCCAGGGAUUGAACCUACCGUCAGAAUUAACCACAUUCGACAGUCGCUCAGAUGUAAACAUGGAGCAGAGGAAAAGCUCUCCCCAAACAUCACACCUUCCCAGUGAAGACCACCGCAGCUUAGUACCUCCAAGUACCCAGCAGGGUCUCUUCAGUCAUCUCCCCCUGCAUUCCCAGCUCCUGGUACGGACACCGGUCUCCACCGUCCCCAUUGGGGGGAUCCAGAUGGUUCCAGCCGCACCUCUGUCUGCCGGAGGUCUGCUGAAGAACACGCUUGGCGAGGCCGUCGCCAGCACCGUACCCUUCCAGCGUGGCGAGGCUAGCCGUAAAGCGGCGGGCGAGGGGCUGCCCGUUCCCACCCCCGAGAGAGUCAGCCAGGAUGCCGGGGACAAGGCCGGCGCGCCGGAUGAGAGCGUGCAGAUCUGCAUGAAGGCCAUCGCCUCCCUCAGGAUCAGCGCGCAAGAGCAUCCCGAUGACCGGCAGCCGCCUUCCCAUCCUCACGUGAAUUCCUGAGACGACACACGGCUCACAGAUCCAGCACUGUAGCGGUUUCCGAUAUCCGCACUGUCCCAGGACUGACGUGUCAGCUUCCCCCCACCCCUGGCCAACUCAGCUCUGGACGGCUCAGGCUUGGCAUGUCCUCCAUCGCCCUGGGCAGCCUUCCGCACUACGAGUUCCAGGGAGAGAUUUACUGGCAAAAUGACCUGAGGGCAUUACCAAUAAGCACAAAAAACUGGACAAGGAGUCACGGAUCACAGGCAAAAAAGGGAUAAUACAUGCAAACACAUAUACAAACACACAGAAUUCACACACCAUACAUUGGUACUGAAGUCUUUACAUAUACCAAUAAUUUAAUAUUGUAGUUUGAAUGUAAAGUACUGUAUUGCAUGCCUUUUAUAACAUUGAAUUCCAGUAAUUACGAGUUAAAAAGUGGUUGUGUAUGGUUAUACUGUAUAUACUGACAUGUAAGUCUGGCCAAAAUUGCUCAUAGAGGUUUUUUUGUCCACUCUGGUACUUCUCAAUGUUAUGAUAUGUGUGCCUUUUCUUUAUUUUUGUGCUAUGAUUAAGUCUAUAUUGAGAAUGGAGAGAUGUACAUAUAUCUGGUUUGUGUAAAUUCCCUUUGUAAUAAAUUUGAACUUAACAGGAGUCUGAAAGAUGUGAAGUAUUAAUACAUGUGAGGUUGCACUGAAACAUAUUUUUACAUGAAUGGAGUCUAAAUAUUUUUGUGUACAGCUGCUACUCUGAAAUUGUAUUUACAGUGGUAUGUAAUUAUUAUUGUCGCCUCUUUGUAUGUAUCGAUCUCUGUCACUAAAUCUGAAAAACAAAUAUGGAAUAUGUAUAGUGUAAAAUUGCUUUAUGUAUAAUAAACCUUAAUGUCUGUAUAUGCAUACAUAUGAUGAGAUUAACAUUUUAAGCUCAUGUUUGGUGCAUUUGUUGCAAGGUACUGCUGCUAUAAAUAUGUAUAUGAAAUUUUAACGAGCAAAGAUCUUAGUACUAUCGUAAUAUAUAACAGAUUGGAAUUUUAAAAAGUGCUAGCAUUUUAAAUGAAUGUUUGUUAAAUGUGUACAAAAAUGAAAAUAAACGGCACUUUUUUCUUGAGUCUAAGUGUGUAGAAACUAGCUGGAUUAAGUGGAUGGAAUUUAAAUGGCAAUUCAUUGAGAAUCUGUUGGCCUUAACUCAGAAUAAAUUAAACUGGACAUCCUGUUACAGGUAGGCUAUAGUUUACGUAUGUAUAUAUAUAAAUCUGUGUUAUUUGCUUAUUGUCUAUACUCGCUGCACUUUGUUACUUGUGAAUCAUGUCAUGUAGCUGUGAGGCUACAAACACUGACACAGACAGUACUUACAGGAUAUUAUAAACAAACAUUAGUAUUUUUCUUAUGUGUAAUUAAGAAUAGUUUUCCUACUUGUUCAGUUCUUUUGGUUAUUCUUCUGCCCCUCUUUGUAAAUCUGUGCUUUUCUUCAGUGCGUACCUUCAGUGGCGCUAUAGCAAUAAAUGAAAAGGACGUUAACCAAA